UUUGCAGGGAAAGGAGUGGGAUGAACAUGGCUGAAGGUGCUGGGGUCGGCCCAACGUGCCGCGGAAUGGGUAGCAGGCAGGACCCGGUGUCCAGCAGUGGGAGCUGCAACUUUCCAGAGUACGAGCUUCCCGAGCUAAACACCCGUGCAUUCUAUGUGGGCGCUUUCGGGGAGCUGUGGCGUGGCCGGUUGCGCGGGGAAGGGGACUUGUCGCUGAAGGAGCCGCAGGCGGCCGCGCUGCCAGAGAGCCAGGGAGUCUCCGAGUGGGGCCAGGAGGAUGCUGCGGUGGCCCGGGAUCUGGGCUGCAGCCUGGAGGCGGCAGCCGAGCUGCGGGCGGUGUGCGGCCUUGAUAAACUAAAGUGCCUUGAGGAGGGGGACGAUCCAGAAGUCAUCCCAGAGGACACCGACCUAGUGACUUUGGGGGUUAGAAAGAGGCUUCUGGAACAGCGGGAAGAAACCAUAACGAUAGAUCGGGUUUGCAGACAAGAAACCUUUGCUUACGAGAUGGAGUCACAUGCCAUAGGCAAAAAGCCUGAAAACCCAGCAGACAUGAUUGAAGAAGGGGAGCUUAUCCUAUCUGUAAAUAUCUUGUACCCUGUUAUAUUUCAUAAGCACAAAGAACAUAAACCGUACCAGACGAUGCUGGUCUUGGGCAGUCAGAAGCUCACGGAACUGAGGGAUUCAAUUUGCUGUGUCAGUGACCUCCAGAUUGGCGGGGAAUUCAGCAACACUCCUGAUCAGGCUCCUGAGCACAUCAGCAAAGACCUGUACAAAUCAGCCUUCUUUUAUUUUGAAGGGACAUUUUAUAAUGAUAAAAGAUACCCUGAGUGCAGAGAUUUGAGCAGAACUAUCAUUGAGUGGUCAGAGUCCCAUGAUAGAGGCUAUGGAAAAUUUCAGACCGCUAAAAUGGAAGACUUCACCUUCAAUGACUUGUAUAUUAAACUGGGUUUUCCGUACUUAUAUUGUCACCAGGGAGACUGUGAGCAUGUUGUCGUCAUUACUGACAUAAGGCUUGUCCAUCGUGAUGACUGCUUGGAUAGGACCCUUUAUCCCCUUCUUAUCAAGAAACAUUGGUUAUGGACCAGAAAAUGUUUUGUUUGUAAAAUGUACACAGCCAGAUGGGUGACGAACAAUGACAGUUUUGCCCCAGAGGACCCAUGUUUCUUUUGUGAUGUUUGCUUUCGGAUGCUCCACUAUGAUUCAGAAGGCAACAAACUGGGAGAAUUCCUUGCUUAUCCUUACGUUGAUCCCGGAACCUUUAAUUAAUAACAAAAGUGCACCCUUGUGACGUAACUGCCUCCUUGGGCGGUUACUUUAUUUCCAAAACCUCCCACUGAGGAACUAGCUCCAGCUGACAGUCAGCUAGUUACCCACAGCCCUGCGCGAGUUCAAGGCACAGGUGUUUUCUUUUUUUUUUUUUUUUUUAUAAAGUCACUUGCGUUUGGAAAUAUAUUGCAAAAUAUGGUUCUUACUUAGUGCAUUUUCCCAUUAAGAGUGUUUAUCUUACUAAGUUGUAGGAGUGCUUUUUAUAUUUUGAAUACAAAUCCUUUGUCAGAUUCAAGUAUUCUCUUUUGCCCGGCUUGUGGCCUGCCUAUUCAUUCUGUGUCCAGAGUGGUUUUUACUAAUCUAUAAUUAGAAAACUUCAGCUAAUGACACAUCAAGUGGGAUCAUCAAGUGGUUCUGAAAAUUCUUGAAGAAUGGGAGAGCUACACCUUACACCGUGAGGCUUCCAAGGUUACUUAUUUAAAGUCCAUUGAGUUCCACAUUCCCUGGAUGGCUAAGAGCAGACAUUUACCAUACAGAUCAAAAGCUGACAAGUCCUUUAAGCCUCUAAGUUUAAGAGAUUGGGAGUGAAAUGUUUUGUGGACUUAAGUUCUACAUACCCAGUUAAGCCCACUGGUGCGGAGGACAAACACAUGCUUCUGGCGAGUGUACUGAGCGCUCAUUCCCUGACUCAGUAGACACAGCACCAGAGGGUCAGUGUCAAGAACUCAGAGGCCCCUCCCUGGCCUGGCUUCCGUUACUGUCUCAAUGUUCACUUUCAUGUUUCCAGUGAUGCUAAUAAAUUGAACAGACUGAAAA